AGGUGCUUCGUGAGAUGGCGUGAAGGGUAGCCCGGGGGCGUCCUCGAGUUGGCGAGGAAAGGCCUCAAGAUCUGUCCUCUUCCCUCUGAGAAGGAACGAGGAGGACUGUAGAUUCAGUCUGAUGGUAUCACUAAACUGUAAUAACUGUGCUUCAUCUGUUACCUCAAAGAGGACCUGCACUGGAGUGGCACUUGUAGUCUUCUGGUUAUGCUCUAUGCAUUGAGCAGCCAUGGACCCAAAGAACAAGCAUUGGGAUGAGAUAACUGUAAAUCUGGGUCUCAGCACAACAAAGGCCCUGACUAUCCUGAGAGACCAGCUUUCUGCACUGCUGGAGGGGCAUCAGAAGGAAAGAAAGAAGGUGAUUUCAUGGAAGGUGGUAUGGAAGGCCAGUUUUCUGUACCAUGGAAACCGUUGCUCCUGUUUCCAUUGGCCAGGGGCAUCCCUGAUGCUGCUGACAGUGCUGCUGCUUUUAUGCUGUUAUGAAAGUCAGCCAGAGGGAAGUGAAGGUUCUGAAAUCGUUAAUGCCUUGGCACUCUUCCUCCUCCUGCUGCUCGAUCUCUUCCUCAUUGUACGGCAAGAAAGACUGAAGUGCCGGGAAGUUGAAAGGAGACUCCGGAACAUAAUCAACAGAAUAACUGAUGCUUUGAAUGAUGGCAAAGAGCUGAAGUGGGCAAACUCCAUGUACCCUGACCUGCACAUGCCCUUUGCCCCAUCAUGGUCACUCCAUUGGGCCUACAGGGAUGGCCAUCUUGUCAAUCUUCCUGUCAGCUUGUUGGUAGAGGGCGAUGUUGUUGCCCUGAGGCCAGGGCAAGAGUCUUUCACUUCUCUCAGAGGGAUAAAGGAUGAUGAGCACAUAGUUCUGGAGUCGGGGGAUCUGUUCCCCCCCUUUUCUCCUCCACCGUCACCAAGUGGAGAGGUGAAGAAGGGCCCUCAUAAUCCCCAGACGUAUCGACUGUUUCGUGUCACAAAGACUCCUGUCAUUGAUAAUGUCAGGUUGUGUUUGGACAUGGCUUUGUCCCGUCCUGUGACUGCUCUGGAUAAUGAGAGGUUCACGGUACAGUCAGUGAUGCUCAAGUAUGCUGUUCCUGUUGUGCUGAUCAGCUUCUUGGCCACCAAUGCCAUGCGCACUGUUUUCAAGGCUCCUGGAGUAGUCUCUUGGCAGUACAUGCUUCUUCAGCUGCAGGUCAAUGGUGUAUUGCCCAUCCUACCACUACUUUUCCCAGUCCUGUGGGUUCUUGCCACUGCCUUUGGAGAAGCCAGAGUCUUGGCCCAGAUGAGCAAGACCUCCCCUACCUCCCUGCUGGCUAAGUUCUCAGAGGAUACGCUGAGCAGCUACACAGAGAUGGUAUCUACCCAGGAAAUGAUACGAUGUAUCUGGAGCCACUUUGUGCAUGUUCUGAAGGGCAGGUCUCCAACGCUCACCUUCACCUCGAGCUUGCUUCACAGCUUGGGAUCUGUCACAGUGCUUUGCUGUGUGGAUAAGCAAGGAAUACUGUCUUGGCCUAAUCCCAGUCCAGAGACGGUUUUGUUCUUUAGUGGCAAGGUGGAACCUCCUCAUAGCAGCCAUGAAGACCUGACAGAUGAGAUCUCUACACGUUCCUUUUGCCACCCAGAAACAGAAGAAGAGCCUCAUGAAAGGGAUGCUCUGCUCUCAGGGCCUUUGUCAGACAUAGUUCACAUCACCAAUGAGCAAGACAGAACAGAAUGGUCUACCAGCAACACCCCAAAAUCGUCUGACACUCAUAUCCACAAGAAAGCAUCCAGCCGAAGCAAGCACCCUUCAGGAUCCAACGUGAGCUUCUGCAAGAACACCGAUGGGGGAGAGGAGGAGCCAGUCCAGAGUCAGGUUGAGGGUGACAGCGAGGGACUGGCGUGUGAAGCUGAAGACUUUGUGUGCGAUUAUCACCUGGAGAUGCUCAGCCUGUCUCAGGACCAGCAGAAUCCCUCGUGCAUACAGUUUGACGAUUCCAACUGGCAGACGCACUUAACCUCCCUGAAGCCCCUGGGCUUGAACGUGUUGCUCAACCUGUGCAAUGCAAGUGUGACAGAACGCCUGUGCCGCUUCUCUGACCACCUCUGCAACAUCGCCUUACAGGAAACACACAACGCCGUGUUGCCUGUCCAUGUGCCAUGGGGGCUCUGUGAGCUUGCCAGGCUUAUAGGCUUUACACCUGGUGCCAAAGAGCUUUUCAAGCAGGAGAACUACUUGGCCCUUUAUCGUUUGCCGUCCGAUGAGAUGGUGAAAGAGAUGAUGCUUGGAAAAGUCUCUUUCAUCACCAAGAGGAGACCGCCUUUGAGUCACAUGAUCAGCCUUUUUGUUAAAGACACCACUACCAGCACUGAGCAGAUGCUUUCCCAUGGGACAGCUGACAUCAUCCUUGAGGCCUGCACGGACUUCUGGGAUGGCUCCGAUAUUUAUCCACUGUCUGGCUCUGACAGGAAGAAAGUGUUGGAUUUCUACCAGCGUGCCUGUCUCUCAGGCUACUGCUCUGCCUUCUCCUAUAAGCCCAUGCACUGUGCCUUGUCCUCCCAGCUCAACGGCAAGUGCAUAGAACUAGUUCAGGUCCCUGGUCAAAAUGCAAUUUUCACAUCCUGUGAUCUCCCGGGGACUACGCCCAUCAAGCAGAGCAGCCAAAGGAACAGCUGGAGUUCGGAUGAAGGGAUCGGGGAAGUGAUGGAGAAGGAGGACUGCAUUCAGGCUUUGAGUGGUCAGAUCUUCAUGGGAAUGGUCUCAUCUCAGUAUCAGGCCAGGUUGGAUGUUGUUCGCCUCAUUGAGGGACUGGUGAAUGCCUGCAUUCGGUUUGUCUACUUCUCCCUGGAAGAUGAACUCAAGAGCAAGGUGUUUGCUGAAAAAAUGGGACUUGAGACUGGCUGGAACUGUCAUGUAUCCCUAACACCCAACGGAGAUGGUUGUGAAGUCCCUCCUUCCAGCCCAAGCCAUGCGGGCUCCUUGCGUGAGGACCUGCAUCAAGUCUCUCGAGAUGAUGCGGAGGGGCUUCUGCUGAUGGAGGAGGAAGGACACUUGGACUUUAUUAGCUUUCAGCCGACAGACAGUGACAUCCCCAGCUUCCUGGAAGAUUGCAAUAGGGCCAAACUCCCACGGGGAAUCCAUCAGGUGAGGCCCCACCUGCAGAACAUCGAUAAUGUGCCUUUGCUUGUUCCUCUGUUUACAGAUUGCACCCCAGAAACCAUGUGUGAAAUGAUCAAGAUCAUGCAAGAAUAUGGGGAGGUCACCUGCUGCCUGGGCAGCUCAGCCAAUCUGCGCAACAACUGCCUCUUCCUUCAGAGUGACAUCAGCGUAGCCCUGGAUCCUCUUUAUCCUUCCCGCUGCUCCUGGGAGACUUUCGGCUAUGCCACCAGCACAAACAUGACCCAUGUUUCUGAUGAGCUGACGCCUCUUCAGCUGUCUGGCCAGUUGAACAGCUUGUCUUGCUCCCUGUCCAUUUGUCCUGAAGAAACAAUUGGGAUCAUCCGGCUCAUAGAGCAGGCCCGGCAUGUAACCUACGGCAUCCGCAAGUGCUUCCUCUUCCUCCUGCAGUGUCAGCUGGCUCUGGUCAUCAUCCAGUUCCUCUCUUGCCUGGUGCAACUGCCCCCCAUUCUCAGCACUACGGAUAUCCUGUGGCUCUCCUGCUUCUGCUACCCACUGUUAAGUGUUUCCCUUCUGGGCAAGCCCCCUCACAGUUCCAUCAUGUCUGUGGCAACUGGGAAAAAUCUGACCUCCAUUCCUAAAAAGACUCAGCACUACUUCUUACUCUGCUUUCUACUGAAAUUCAGCCUUACCAUCUGCUCUUGUUUGGCUUGCUUUGGCUAUACUUUGCAAGACUACUGUGCAAACUUCAACUCCUCUGCCUUCAACGUCACAGGCUGCACCUCGAUCAUGCUGAGCAGUCAUGUGGAAGGAGCUCCUGAUUGGUUUGGGUCAUUUUCCAACAUUCUUCUUCUGUCUCAGAAACUCACUGCUGGAAUGAUUGUCUUACAUACUGUGUUUAUAUCUGUCACCCAUGUCCAUCGGACCAAACCACUGUGGAAGAAAAGCCCUUUCACUAACAUCUGGUGGACCCUAACAGUGGUGGUUGUGUUGCUGGGCCAGGUCAUCCAGACCCUCCUGGACCUGAAGCUCUGGGUGAACCUUGAGUCUCCUGUGGCCUACAGAAUGGAUGACAUCCCCAUGGCCUCCUGGUUGCUGGGUUUGCUCUCUCUCAUUCUUGUUGUGAUCAUCAAUGAGACUGUCAAACUCCAUGAAAUCAGGUAA